CGCGCAUAAGAACAUCCCACAUACUCGCGCGACAUCAACAACAAUGGCAAACCGUAUUCUGUUUAGGUAGAUUUUUCAUCGGAGCAACACGGUCCGAAACUGUAUAGUUGCGGUUAUUUUUUAAAAUUGUAUUGGCACGUUUAAUUGGAAAACGUGUGUGUUCGUUUGUGAUUAUAUUUUUCGUUUUACAUUUUUCCCCCUGAAAAUGUGCGAGGCGCUGUUGGCAAGCUCACACAGUCUGUGCAUGUGUGUCCCUGCUGCUUCUCUGCUCUGCUACUGCUAGUAACCUAGCUGCUUUUCACUCGGUGGUUAGCCAGCGUUAGCCUGGCCGCGUAUACUGACUAGAGUUUUAAAAAAAAAGAAACCCACGCGAAUGUAAAACGUAUCUGUGCGAUCUGAUUUUUGAAAACGGUUCCAAACUAAUCGCUAAUUGUCGUUGUCGGGUGAGGUAAGACGUGUUGUAUGAUUUGUCGCAGAAAAUACUUUGCUGGCUAGCUUGGGGGCUAGCUAUUUGUGUGUAUUCUUCGACUGAGGAAAACGGCAAGUUUUCUUUAAAAGUAUGGAUGAUCAGACGAGGAUGUUGACGGGUCUCACUGGACUCGGUGGACUACCACAGGCCGAUGUCGGUGACCCAGACUCGGUUAGGAAACAGCAGUCCCUCGGUCAACCGCAACAAGACAUUGGGGAUAUUCUACAGCAAAUAAUGGCCAUCACCGACGAAAGCCUGGACGAAGCACAGGCCAGAUGCUGGCCAGAGGAAUCGCCGGCGCAUUGGGGUGGAUCAGACGACCCCACAGAGGGAGGGAGAGCAGGGGGGGGCAUGGCAGGGGGUGGCCUGCCACUCAACUUCCAGCACAGGAAGCAUGCCCUGAACUGUCACAGAAUGAAACCAGCCCUCUUCAGCGUUCUCUGUGAGAUCAAAGAGAAGACGGUGCUGAGUAUACGAGGUGUGCAGGAGGAAGAUCCCCCAGAUCCUCAAAUCAUGCGUUUGGACAACAUGCUGCUAGCAGAAGGUGUUUCAGGACCAGAGAAAGGUGGAGGAUCAGCUGCAGCUGCUGCAGCUGCAGCAGCAGCAGGAGGAUCGCCCACCGAUAGCAGCAUUGAACACUCUGACUACAGAGCCAAGCUUGCUCAGAUCCGUCAAAUAUAUCAUUCUGAGCUGGAGAAAUAUGAGCAGGCCUGCAGUGAGUUCACCAACCAUGUAAUGAACCUGCUGAGAGAGCAGUCUCGCACACGGCCCAUCUCUCCCAAGGAGAUUGAACGCAUGGUGGCCAUAAUCCACCGUAAAUUCAGCUCCAUUCAAAUGCAGCUCAAACAGAGCACCUGUGAGGCGGUCAUGAUUUUGCGCUCACGCUUCCUUGAUGCCAGACGCAAGAGGCGCAACUUCAACAAGCAAGCAACAGAAGUGCUGAACGAGUAUUUCUACUCCCACUUGUCUAACCCUUACCCUAGUGAGGAAGCAAAGGAGGAACUGGCCAAAAAAUGUGGGAUCACUGUGUCUCAGGUCUCUAAUUGGUUUGGCAACAAGAGAAUACGCUACAAGAAGAACAUUGGUAAGUUCCAGGAGGAAGCAAAUCUCUACGCAGUUAAAACAGCGGUGGAUGCUGCCAAUGUGUCUGCGCAGGCUAGCCAGGCCAACUCUCCGGCAACGCCAAACUCAGGUGGAUACCCUGCACCGUGCUACACACCUGACGGCCGGCUAUGAGGAGUUGUCAGGUAGCGGCCUCUUCACCCCUCAUCGCCUGGAUGCUAACAGCUGGCAGGACACCACCAACACCCCCUCGGUUACCUCCCCUCCUGGUCCUCCUGGCAGCGUCCACUCCGACACCUCCAACUGAUUUGGUGGCACUCCUUGCUUUCACUUCAUUCCCACUCCAGUCUGCUCCGACUGCCAUCUCCUCUCUACAUUUUCACUUCUGCCUGUCAACUAGCCACACAAGGCUGUACUUUCAUUUCAUGCACGCAUGCUGUGUUGGAACACAGGACAGCUGUACAGGACUUAAAAAGGAAUUGCCCCGUCAGCAUUACUUCAGUGUUUAAAUCUUCAUAAGUCAACAUCAAAGGGGAAUGGAGCUCACACAUACUAAGAAAACAUCUUUAACUGUCAUGGACUUUUUGAAAACCACUGGCCCAGCUGUGUAAAUGAUUAUGAUGUCUGUACAUUAUGUGUAUAUGCACGUUAACUUUACACAGUACUCUCACAGCUCGUUCAUGUGCCGUUGACCUCUACACUCUUUGCUUUGGGAAACUGUGAUUGCCUGUAUCUCUUGAAGCCUUGGCAUCUGAUUGCCAAACUAUGGAUACGGAUCACCAGGGAGCUCUGCUCCUCCCGCUUGUACCAAAGUGCUGCCCCAGUGUUUCUCUAUGAGCACCAUCUGCCAACUCAACACAAGACACCACAGCAUCUUCUUGUCCUUAUUGCUUGAUGUUUCAUUCUGUUGAGGUUGCAAAGUGAAUAUCUGAGAUAUGCACAAAGAUGCAUGCAAACACUCCCCAUAACAUACACCUUGCAACUUUUCAGCUGUCUUCAUAAUUAGCUGACAUAGAAGGUGUGUCAAGCACAAAUGUUAGCAUCCUUGUUAUGGGUUUCUAGUCAAGGAGAUCACUUUCUAAACCAGGCAGGACAAGUGAUACUAGGGCUGGUGGGAAGAGGAGAAAUGGGCAGAGAGAGGAGAAUCUUUGGUUGAGUGGAUGUAACUGAUAACCCCCUUUUUUUUUUUCUUUCUUUCUUUUGCUAACCAAUAGAGGGUGUUGGUAGAUGGCUUGUAGACUUUAAUUAUUGCUUUUUGUCCACUAGUUUAUUUGAUUGUAGGCUUUUUUCUAAUGCUGUUUCACCAAGAAUGCACCAGCCACCACCAAAAAUUUAGCUCAAUAAAGCAUCUAAAUGAUGAGAAAAGAAAGGUGGAAUGAUUGUGGGGCAUCAAUGUGUUAUAUGGGACAAACGUGACAUGAAUUUAGAAACGUGACUGUCUUCCAUGCAUGUAGGACUUUUAGGUGUGAUAUUUUCAUUUAACCUUCAAGUUUUUAAGAUUCAUUUUUAUUAAAAAAAAAAAAAUAAAAAAAUAAAGGGUAUAAUUAUUACAGUCAGACCAAAAACGAAAAAGUGCAUCAUGUAUUGCUAUGAUGUGUGUGUCUCUGUGUGGGAGUGUGUACAGUGUUCUUGGGAUGUCUUCGUCAAACUGGCUGGUGCCCAUAUGAACUUUAAGCAUUAUAGAGACUGGGUGCUUCCACCAGCCAAUGACACACAAGGUGGAUUCAGCUGAGAUUUCCUCCCCAUCUUGAAACAUUUAAGCUUGUGCCCGAGGCAACACACUACAACCUACUGUUGUACCAAAACCAAAAAUACCAAGUUCAGCAAUGUAAUAAUGUUACUCUGUCUCUCUCUAAAGUUGGUGAACAGUCAUCUUUUAAGUCUGAGGAGAGGAGGGAAUUAUAUUUGUAUCUGUGUCUCUGUGGUGUUGUCUGGCCUCAAGUUGGUUUGAUUUUUGGGAGUUUUGUUAUGGGGCUUCAUAAGUGGGUGGGUGGAGUGAACACUGUCAUCACACCUGUAAUUUGAUUGUGAGCAUAAAGUAACGCUCUUCCUUUUACUCAUCCUUUAAUACCGCCUGGGUUAAAAAAAAUAUAUAUAUACUUUUUUUUUCUUUUUCAAUUCUUUGGCCAAUUGGGCAAGGGCUUUUCUCUCCUCUAUAACCAAAAGGAAAAAAGGAGGCAGCACUGGGUGUAAUAAAACUCUUAACUCAUUUAAGAAACCUACAACAUUUUGGGGAUUUUCAUUCUUUGAAACUAUUUUAUACAUUAAAUGUUAUGUGAAUAACAAAGCAUUUUGAUAGUAAGGUAAAGCCUUAUGAAGAUUUAAGUGUCAUUUAAGACUUUGUUAAAAUAUGUUACAGAACAAAACCUGAAUUUAAAAUCUGGUCAUGUGCGAUAUCCCACGUUUAAUUUCUUGUUUUGUUACUCAUUGCAGUUGAUAUGACUGUAUCCUUAUUUACAAUGUUAUCGCCACACCAAAUUAUCAUGCUCGCCCCUUUUUCUACCUGUUGUAAUGGAUGUCACUGUACAGUUUGUGUAAUGUUUCAGUAUUUUUUUCUUUUAUAAACUUUGUUUGGUUGAGACGCCAGUUUUAUUUUGGCCUCUAUCUUACAGGAUCCACAAUAACUCUGUAUCAGUUUUGAAUAUUAUUUAGGUAUUUUGUUACAUAACCAGAUUGCGAUGUAGGGCUUAUGGGUGUUACAUUUGGUGCUGUGGAACUGUAAUAUUUAAAUCUCUCUUUUGGAUCAUACAGUACACGUACUGAUUUAAUGACCCCUGCUUUCUAAUGCUCCAGUGUCUCCAUUCUUAAACCAUUAGAUUUCAACACUAAGCCAGUUAUCCACACACCCACUGUGCUAUGCUUAUUCAAACCUUCUCUUAGUUUUUUUCUUUUUAAUGUAUAAACCACACCGCAAAAACAUCCAUGUCUAAAUUACACAUGUCAUAAUAAUGCAUGUGUACACCUGGUGUCCCCUUGUUUAGCAGCGGAGCUGUAAUUCUAAAAUAUUUAAUUUUAAUAUGCAUACUUUAAACUUUUUUUAAAUUUAGAUUCUGCAAGUGACUAAACUUUCACAGCACCAAAUGUCUUCAUAAGCCUUUUUUUGUUUUUAUUAGUAUAUUUGUAUCUCCCCUCUUUUCCUUGUAUUUACCCCUCUCUCUACCUCUGUCUUUCCAUUUCUCUUGUAUAUAACCCCACUGUUUUCAGACUUGUGAGUCUGUAUGAACUCCUUUUAUACCUCAACUUUAGAAUUGUUCUAGAAAGAGUAAAACAAAAAGGAAGAAUAUGAAAAAUUGUAGUGUUCUUAUUAGAAAAAUAAUAAAAAUUGAUUUAGUGUGAUUUUUUUUUUCAGUAUUUGAUUUCAAAUUUUAGGAGUGUUUCAUUUUCUAUUUUGUCACAAAUGCUCUUGUGAUAGUCAAAUGUAAUAAAAGGAGAGAUUGCACCA